ACCUACCCUCUAGGAAACAACACAUAACAUAACAUUCAAAAUUGGCUGCUCAAAUAAAAUAAAAUACAAACAAUGCAUGUGUAUCAUGCAUAUGUAUGUACGUACCAUCCGGUUAAGCUAUAAAUACGUUACAAACAGAAUCAUUAAACACACCUCAAACUCAAAGUGUAGUAACAUAUAUAACAUAAACACUCUUAACUUGUUCAACCUUCUUCCCAAUUCAAGACAAAAAAUUAUAACAAACAACAUGGGUAGUGUUGAAAUCCCAACAAAGGUACUUAGCAACACCUCUAGUCAACUAAAAAUGCCUGUGAUUGGAAUGGGAUCAGCCCCUGAUUUCACUUGUAAGAAAGACACUAAAGAAGCUAUCAUUGAAGCUAUCAAACAAGGUUAUAGACAUUUUGAUACUGCAGCUGCUUAUGGCUCAGAACAAGCUCUUGGUGAAGCUUUGAAAGAAGCUAUUCAACUUGGCCUUGUCACUAGAGAAGAGCUUUUUGUUACUUCUAAACUUUGGGUCACUGAAAAUCAUCCUCAUCUUGUUCUUCCUGCUCUUCAAAAAUCUCUCAAGACUCUGCAAUUGGACUACUUGGAUUUGUACCUGAUUCACUGGCCCCUAAGUUCUCAGCCUGGAAAGUUUUCAUUUCCAAUUGAUGUUGCAGAUCUCUUGCCAUUUGAUGUAAAGGGUGUAUGGCAAUCUAUGGAAGAAUCUUUGAAACUUGGACUCACUAAAGCUAUUGGAGUUAGCAACUUCUCUGUCAAGAAGCUUCAAAAUCUUCUCGCCGUUGCCACCAUCCUCCCCGCGGUUAAUCAAGUGGAGAUGAACCUUGCAUGGCAACAAAAGAAGCUUAGAGAGUUCUGCAACGCAAACGGAAUAGUGUUAACUGCAUUUUCGCCAUUGCGGAAAGGUGCAAGCAGGGGAUCAAAUGAGGUUAUGGAGAAUGAUAUGCUUAAAGAGAUUGCAGAUGCUCAUGGAAAAUCUGUUGCACAAAUCUCUCUGAGAUGGUUAUAUGAACAAGGAAUCACUUUUGUUCCCAAGAGCUAUGAUAAGCAGAGAAUGAAUCAAAAUCUGCAUAUCUUUGAUUGGACAUUGACUAAGGAAGAUCUUCAAAAAAUUGAUCAAAUUAAUCAGAACCGUUUGAUUCCUGGACCAACCAAGCCAAGUCUCAAUGAUCUCUGGGAUGAUGAAAUAUAAAAGAAGAGAAAGUCCUUGUAAUAUUUGCAUCAAAAUCUAUCUUUUAUUUUCUUUUCUUUGUUAAUUAUCGUUCAUGACGUGUUGGUCGUAAGAGUUUGACCUUGUUUGAGCCGAGCUUUAAUAGCUUUUACUAUUAAAUGUCACAAAUAACUUCUAUUCGUUAAAUGAAGAGAAAUGUGAAAUAUAAAAUUUAAA